GGCCCGGGGGGCGGCGUGGACGCCCGCGGCGCCGGCUGGGGCAUUACCGCGGGCCUCGACCCCGAAAUGGCGCUGCUGGCGGAGCACCUGCUGAGGCCCCUGCCUGCGGACAAGCAGAUCGAGACGGGGCCCUUCCUGGAGGCGGUGUCCCACCUGCCGCCCUUCUUCGAUUGCCUCGGCUCCCCGGUGUUUACUCCCAUCAAGGCGGACAUAAGUGGCAACAUCACUAAAAUCAAAGCUGUCUAUGAUACCAACCCGAUCAAGUUCCGGACCCUGCAGAACAUCCUGGAGGUGGAGAAGGAGAUGUACGGGGCCGAGUGGCCCAAAGUGGGGGCCACGCUGGCACUGAUGUGGCUGAAGAGAGGCCUGCGCUUCAUCCAGGUCUUCCUCCAGAGCAUCUGCGACGGCGAGCGGGACGAGAACCACCCCAACCUCAUCCGCGUCAACGCCACCAAGGCCUAUGAGAUGGCCCUCAAGAAGUACCACGGCUGGAUUGUGCAGAAGAUCUUCCAGGCAGCGCUGUAUGCGGCCCCCUAUAAGUCCGACUUCCUCAAAGCGCUCUCCAAGGGCCAGAAUGUGACAGAGGAGGAAUGCCUGGAGAAGGUCCGCCUCUUCCUGGUCAAUUACACGGCCACCAUCGACGUCAUCUAUGAGAUGUACACCAGCAUGAACGCCGAGCUCAACUACAAGGUGUAGGCCAGCUCCACAGCGGGUGCUCCGGACGGCACACCCCCGGACCGCAGACCCCUUGCAGGAACAGGCAAACCCGAAUCACUGCGAAUCUGGCUGGCCAGCUGCCCCUGUCCGUGGCACGCCCCCAGAGCAGCCUUGAGUCGGGCCAGGGCCCACACGGGGCCGGCCCUGGUCUUUUAAAAGUCACGUUUGGGAUCUGCCCUCCUGGAGCAAUAAAUAACCGUCACACUUCCGAAUCUCCUUUGAAUUUCAUGACAGCACAGACUGACUUUAUGCCUUCAUUUCAGUGUGGUAAAAAUCAAUUAAUAUUUCUAAUAAAUCAAGUCCUAGGGUUUUUUGGUCCCCUCCAGCCCCCAUUCGGAGCAUGACUCUGGGGGAAGUGGUGUUAGAUCCGUCGCUUUGAAAAUAGGCACGUGUCUUUCUGAGGAGCUGGCUGAAUGAUGUUUUGAGUGUUUUAAGGACCAUGAGGGGGUUUGAUCUGAAAUUAUACAGGGCCCCUCUUGUGGGAUUGUUUUUCUUUUUAAAGCAAACUGGUGUGUGUGCGCAUGUGGUUUGCACAGCCGAACCUCCAGCACUGUCAUUAGGGCCCUCUCUUACUGUCUUGCCAGACAGUGUUUUUUAUAGCUGAAACCAACCAGCAAGCCUUUGAUGACCAAGGGAAGGCUUAUUUUAAAGCUAUCAGACACACAUAACUGACUGUAGAUGACUGCAUUUGCAUUCUUCUGCAUAAUUACCUUCUUCAGGGACAGCCAUUCCAACCUAAGCAACUACCUACCAUGUGUAUUCUUUUGAGGGGGAGAGGAUGAACCCACGAACACGCCUUACUGCCUUAACUGUCCUUCCUGGCUCUAAAAAGAAUUGUCUUUUUAAUGUGUCGGGAUGACCAAAGCAACCCACAAAGAAUUGAUGUAUGUUUAAAAACCCAAUGAGGAACAAUUGGUGAUUUUUACGCAGAAACUAAAUAAUCCUUAAUAAAUAAAUCUCUAUUUU